CAGGGUCAGGGUGACAACCAGGAAGUCAUCAUUGGUGGCCAGUCCCAAAUUCUGACCAUCCACAAGCAAUGGCGUGUGGCAGUUAUCACCCAAACAACCCCCACUGGCUCCUGGAAAACCAUCUGGAACUACAACACGGGCCUCAUUGCAACCAAAGUGACGCAACAGAACACCUGCUACAUUUCCGUCAUGAACAAAAACGAGAUGCCCAGCUUUAACAAUCUGGCCAGAUUGGCCAGAGAGAGCAGGAACCAGGUCGGUCUUGGAAGACCUACAAGGAAGAUCACCUUUGUGACCAAGGGAUUGGUCAGCAACCUCAACUCCUACGGAGCAGACAUCAUGGCCAUGUGCAGCGGACUCACCACCUACAUGGCUCGUGAAGUUCACGGACCCCAACUGAAUCUCAGAUCGUGUACUACACUUGACGUCAUGAAAGUUGUGGACCUGAAUUAUUGUCAUGUGAGAAUCAACAGUCAGAACCGCGUGGCAAUUAUCCAGCAAACGAGCAAAGAUUUGUCAUGGAAAACCAUCUGGAACUACAACACGGGCAUCAUUGCAACCAAAGUGACACAACAGAACACCUGCUACAUUUCCGUCAUGAACAGAACGGAGAUGCCCAGCUUUGACAAUCUGGCCAGACUGGCUAGAGAGAGCAGG